CUUUCUACUUUGCCAACUGAAAUUCUGGACAAGAUUAUUGAAUAUGCUAGACCAGAAGGUUUCGAGGGUAUGACAUUGACUUGCAGGCAAAUGUAUGAGACAUGCAAGCCUUUCUUCGAACACUACAACCAACGUCGCGCUCUCCUUCAAGACUUUGCAUACAACAGAUACCCAGCAGACGCACGACUCUCACCGCGGAACCCAACAGCACUCGAUCUCAUUACACACAUCGCCAAUGAGCCGGUAGUGGCUCGCUACAUUAGGCAUGCAGACCUCACCUGCGAUACCUGGCCUACUCGCUCGAGGCCCGUCCAAGUUCUACCAGACGUUGACAGUGGCGGGCCUGUGGUCGCACUCUUCGCCGAUUCGCCCUAUCUAAGACAGGCGGGUCUGGACUGGAAAGAGUACUAUGCUCUGAUCCAGGAUGACUUGGAACAACUUUCUCGCUAUUCACAGCAUGCCGCUGCUUUUUUGUUGACACUACUGCCAAACGUCGAGAGCCUGCAGCUACCGCGCCUAUGGCAGAAGUGUGAGGAAGCCGAGCAGCUACUGGGUACCAUCGUUCACAUCGCGGCCGCGAAUCAAAGCAUCGGUUUUUGGGACAGACCUAGUCUCGCAAGACUUGUCGAAUUCGAACCAUACAGCUCGACAGGGAUCGGGCAUGAGUUUGGGCUGGACCAAGCGAUUCCCUUUCUAGCCUUGCCAAAAGUACGAUCCUUUCAUGGCCGCAGCUGCGUCACCGCAGACAACACUUUUAUCGAAAUUACCUCAAGAGAUCCAUACUUAAAUUACGGUGCGAGAUUGGAGACAGUCAGAUUUGAAAGCAGCUGUAUUGAUGAAGUGGCCAUUGCCGCCUUUCUCAAACACACCCCACGCCUACGGAAGUUCAAGUACUCGCAUUGUACGAGGGGGAGGCGUCAGGACUGGAAUAUUUGCCAAUUCGCCACGGCAAUCGAGAGUGGGGCGGGAAGGACCCUCGAGGAGCUCUCUAUCUCUAUCCCUCAGUUAGAUGGGUCGAUAAUUCCGGGCAGGGCGUCAAUGAGAGGUUUUCAGCGCCUCCAGAAGCUCGAGUUCCCUCUGGAGAUUGCGAUGUGCAACGUUGCCCAGGUUCCAUCUAAUCUUUCUACAGCAGACAAGGACCUGCAACAAGCAACCGAGGACCUUGUCCCUGCCUCAGUUUCUCGACUCUCACUAUUGUCGAACGGCACUGAUCGCCAUGAGAAGGCUCUUAAAAUAAUGUUUUCGAGUUUUGCCACGAGAAAGCAGUCUUGGGUACCUGCUCUCAAGCAUCUUCAUAUAUCUUUGGAAAGGGGGGCAGAUGAUGCGUUUAAGGAAGAAUUCAAUAGAGUGAAAGCAGAAGCUGAGGGAGUAGGCGUG